GCGGCCGUGGGCGGGGCUUCCGGCGCGUCGCGGCGCCUUCCGGCCGAGCGCGAGGGCUCUGCCGGCUUCUGACAUGAAGUGUAUGUGCAGUACUGGGGUUUCCACCCAAGGCCUGUGUACAACAGCCCUCUGGACCCAGAGGUUAGACCCGUGUGACACUCACCAUGCAGACGCUCCUUCACAUCCUCUGGCUUAUUCUGGCCUGUGGCUCUGUGCACACUACCCUGUCAAAGUCAGAUGCCAAAAAAGCUGCUUCCAAGACGCUGUUGGAGAAGACUCAGUUUGCAGAUAAGCCUGUCCAAGAUCGGGGUCUGGUGGUGACGGACCUCAAAGCUGAGGUCGUAGUUCUUGAGCAUCGCAGCUACUGCUCGGCGAGGGCCCGGGAGCGAAACUUUGCUGGAGACGUUCUAGGUUAUGUCACUCCGUGGAACAGCCAUGGGUAUGACAUUGCCAAGGUCUUUGGGAGCAAGUUCACGCAUAUCUCACCAGUCUGGCUACAGCUGAAGAGACGUGGCCGUGAGAUGUUUGAGGUUACAGGCCUCCACGACGUGGACCAAGGAUGGAUGCGAGCUGUCAGGAAGCAUGCCAAGGGCCUACACAUAGGUGAGUCCAGCAGGCCUGGAGCACCUCGGCUUCUGUUUGAGGGCUGGACUUACGAUGACUUCCGCAACGUCCUAGACAAUGAAGAUGAAAUAGAAGAGCUCAGCAAGACUGUGGUCCAGGUGGCAAAGAACCAGCAUUUUGAUGGCUUUGUGGUGGAGGUGUGGAGCCAGCUGCUGAGCCAGAAGCAUGUGGGCCUCAUCCACAUGCUUACCCACCUGGCUGAGGCACUGCAUCAGGCCCGGCUGCUGACCAUCUUGGUCAUUCCACCUGCCGUCACCCCUGGGACCGACCAGCUGGGCAUGUUCACCCACAAGGAGUUUGAGCAGCUGGCCCCGGUGUUGGAUGGCUUCAGCCUCAUGACCUACGACUACUCCACGUCGCAGCAGCCUGGCCCUAACGCCCCGCUGUCCUGGGUUCGAGCCUGUGUCCAGGCUCUGGACCCCAAGUCCAAGUGGCGGAGCAAGAUUCUCCUGGGGCUUAACUUCUAUGGCAUGGACUAUGCAGCCUCCAAGGAUGCCCGUGAGCCUGUCAUUGGGGCCAGCAAUCCUGUGGGUCUGGCCCAAGGUUGGCCUCCCGCAGAGCACUCUGACCUGGGAGCUGUGAGGCUGGCUGGCUCCUGCACCCACACCCUGUUCCUCCAGGUACAUCCAGACGCUGAAGGACCACAGGCCCCGUAUGGUGUGGGACAGCCAGGCUGCAGAGCACUUCUUCGAGUACAAGAAGUGAGUGGGGCAGGAACCGUGGCGGAAGGCACGUCGUCUUCUACCCAACUUUAAAGUCCCUGCAGGUGCGGCUGGAGCUGGCCAGAGAGCUGGGUGUCGGGGUCUCCAUCUGGGAGCUGGGCCAGGGCCUGGACUACUUCUACGACCUGCUGUAGACUGGGCAGCAGUUCCAAGGCAGCGUGGACUCUCUUAGUCACAGAGCGACUGGUUGAGUGAAAUACAGGCCUCUGCCGCUUGCUGUGA